AUGGCUUUCAACAAGAGAGGCUCCAACAACUUCGCGCACUGGAACAUGUUUCCCUUCAUGACGACACCAAAGACAAAGUACAUCCUUGGACAAACACAGUCGCCGUUCUUUCGACUUCCACGAGAAAUACGGGAUACCAUUUACGAGUACUAUGCCCAGGGUCGACCACAGUAUGUGUACGAUAAGGACACGGAAAAGCUACGUUACUCCGAUGCUUCAGCACAGGCGGAGGGCCUCGGUCUUAUAACAACCUGCAAGAUCGCUGCAGACGAGAUGCAGCACGUCGCUUUCCAGAAUGUCGAGUUCACUACGCUUUGCUCCUUGGAUGAUGGCACAGCGUUCCAGCAACUCCGAUCUAGAGUCGCUCGAUUUUGCCAGCGCAAUCGCGCAAAAUACUAA